AUGGAACCGACAUUGCAACCGAAGCAGUAUCCCGUGAAGCGUCAAGGUUCCAAAUCGCCUGGUUGGGAUGUAGCCUGUCUUCAGGGUAGUGAAUGCGAGUUUCUGCGUGAUUAUACUGACAACGGCCUGUGUCCUGUUUUGAUUGAUGAUGUGCUUGGUGGCUCAGACUUGAUUGAUGAAGGAAAUAAUUCUGACGAAUACCUUGCCCUGAAAAUUCUACGACUUGAGCAUAGCACUCCAGACAACUCUGAGAUGAGCAUUUUACGGAGGCUUGGAAAACUUGAGGUUGCCUUUUUCUACACUCAUGUUCCCACACGAAAUCAGUUUCUCUGUCUUGGCCUAAAGCCACUUGGGUGCACUCUUCAGGACAGGUUUGAACUCCUACUUUAUGUACCUAGCGGUAUUCCUGCUCUCACCAUCUUUGUGAGGACACUCUUGAUGAAGGUGCUUGCUUUUCAUCAGAUGGGAAUCUGUCAUGGUGAUAUCAGCCACAAUAAUGUUUGCCUAGGUUUACAUUCUGAAGCUUUUACCAAUGAAGCUCUGAUUAAGAGUUUUGGGGAAGAUCAAAAAUCUUAUAUUCAACUUUGGAAUGUUUCAGGUUUGACUACACCACCUCCACGCCCAGAUUAUCUGCCUGAGUAUAUCAUUCGCCGCUGUGGAUAUCCUCUUAAAACAAAUACCAAUGAUAUGUCGCUAGUUGAUAUAAUUGAUUUUGGUAAAGGGUUUGACACGCCUUCAAAAUCAAAUGUUUUCGGGACGGCGAAGUACUGUGCCCCAGAGCUGGAGCGUAAUGGCACAAAUACUGCAACUGUGAAGUCUGACCUUUGGAGUCUAGGCUGUGUGUUCGUGUAUGCAAUAUCCCACGAGCAUCUAUUUGACUGGGAAAAUCACCUACCAGAUUAUGUUGCCGCCAACCAUGAGGAACAGCUCUCAUUCAUUGAGUCUCAACUUCCGAGUAGUCUCAUGAAAAAGGGGCCAGAAUAUUUCCAUUCAUUUGCACGACUCAUACACUCUCUAGUACGAGUCGACCCAAAAGAUCGUGAUCCGGAAGCCGCCAAGAAAUAUCUCAAAGAGCUUGAAGCCUGGAGCGCCCGUAAUUAGCAGAAUUCCCAUUUUAUGGUGCUGGGUAUAAAAAAAAAAGAGAAUCUUCAAACCAGGACCUGUAACAUGACCAGUGUACCCUCUCAUAUUGUCGAUUGAGGGAAAACAGAGGCAGAGAGAUAAAGAAAUAAGGGCGAAGAGCCGGAAUGAAAAAUGAGAAACAAACAAAGAUCAGAUCAGAACUGCAAAAAUUUUACAAUCCUCUUGACUGUCCUUUACAAGUAGUUAGUGUUCUCAGUAGUAUUCUAGAGAUAGAGGAAAUCUGGUAUGGAUAUUCUAGAGGAUAAGGGAUUGUCUAGAAAUAAGGUUGCGUUCAUUGAGUAAAUUUCUGUCGGGCGUCAUUUUCGAGCGACCUGGUCGUUUUGCCGCGGCGCUUCCAAGGUUGCAUUGUGGGGCCCAU